CUCGAGUGGAGAUGAAUCAUAGAGAUGUUGUCACUUUAGAUUUAUUCCUGACGUGUUCGGUAGUUUAUGCUCCAAUUUCUGCGGCUGUUUCCGAAUUCGGAACCAAUGCGCGCGCGAGCACAUGUGUGUGUGUGUGUGUGAGAGAGAGAGAGAGAUAGAGAGAGAGAGAGAGAGAGAGAGAGAGAGAGAGAGAGAGAGAGAGAGAGAGAGAGAGAGAGAGAGAGAUGGGUGCUGUGCAGCCAGGCACAGGCGAAACGCUGACGAGACGAGUCCCGCCUCUUUGGCGUCCAAAAUAGACCGUUUGGAAACAGAAACCGACCAACCACCCCGGAUACCGACACCGGACAGCUUCAGACGUCGGUCAUCAUGUACCGGUUGUUAGGGGCAACUAUGGAUCCGCUUCAUGGGACACGAAGGCAUGCAGGACCUUGGAGGGUUUGAACUUUGUAAUUUGGAAAAAAAAAAAGAAUGAAUAAAAAAAUCUGUUUUUAUUUCAGUAUCCGGAUACUUAAGAGACAAACGUUUUGCAGCUCUGCAAAAUGAGAGCCGAAGGCUGCAGAAGAAAGUUAAAAACUGCGCCAGCUUGUCUGCUGCGACCCGACUGCAGUGAUGUAGAAUAAUUCAUUGGGAUGUGUCAUUUUUUGGUUGCCAUGUGGGUCCCUUAAAGACAGCAGUUCCGUCUGAGUGUAGAAGUAGGGCAGAUCUAGGUGUUUUACUUGCGCUCCCGGUGUUUCCCAACUCCUGGAAGUCUAAACCCACCAUGGCCAGGUUGCGGAGGAAGGCUUGCGUUGCUCUGUUUCUGUUCACGUUGUUCAUCUUCGGGACUUUGAUGGGACUCCGAACCUUGAAACCCACCGACGGAUUCUCGGAUCUGGCUCCGGGCUUGGAACUCCUACCGAUCUUGGGAGGGAGGAUGGACCGGCGUGAUGCGACAGCGUCCCCGGUUCAAGCCCGCAUGCCGGGCAGCGACACCAAAGCAGCUUUCUCCAACUCCGGUCCAGAGGGGACCAUAUUCUACGACGUGCACAUAUUUUAUUACACCUGGUACGGCAGCCCGCACAUGGACGGCAAAUACAUCCACUGGGACCACAUCCUGGUUCCACACUGGGACCCCAAGAUCUCGUCCAGCUACCCGAGGGGGAGGCACAUGCCGCCCGAGGACAUCGGCUCCAGCUUUUACCCGGAGCUGAAUCCGUACAGCUCUCGGGACCCGGACGUGUUGGAGUCCCACAUGGAGCAGAUCGGAACAUCCGCAGCAGGGGUUCUGGUGUUGUCCUGGUAUCCUCCGGGCCUGGCUGACGACAACGGGGAACCUGCAGAGGAUUUGGUCCCAGCUGUACUGGAUGCUGCAUACAGACACAAUCUAAAGGUUGCAUUUCACCUCCAGCCUUACAGAGGAAGAAAUGACCAGACGGUGCACGACAACAUCAAGUACAUCAUUGACAGGUACGGUGAACAUGGGGCCUUCUACAGAUUUCCUUCCAGCACGGGCAAGAGUCUUCCUCUCUUCUACAUCUACGACUCCUACCUGACUCCACCCGAGUCCUGGUUGGAAUUCCUAACCUCCACCGGCUCCCACAGCGUCCGCGGUUCCGCCUACGACUCGGUCUUCAUUGCUCUGAUCGUGGAGGAGCGUCACAAGCACGACAUCCUCGCAGGUGGCUUUGACGGCAUGUACACUUACUUUGCCUCGAACGGCUUCUCCUUUGGCUCCUCCCACCAGAACUGGAAGGCCAUCAAGGAGUUCUGUGACGGGAACAACCUCCUUUUCAUCCCCAGCGUGGGCCCCGGGUACAUCGACACCAGCAUCCGGCCGUGGAACAACCACAACACACGCAACAGGGUGAACGGUCGCUACUACGAGACGGCCCAGCAGGCGGCGCUCAACGUGCGGCCAGAGAUGGUCACCAUCACAUCCUUUAACGAAUGGCACGAGGGGACGCAGAUAGAGAGGGCGAUGCCCAAAAAGACAGCCACCCGCGUGUACUUGGACUAUCAGCCACACGGACCUGAUCACUACCUGGAUCUGACCCGCACCUGGGCUGAGCAGUUCAAUAAAGAGAAGGAGCAGUGGUUGAUGUGAGCUUUCUGGAUACUCGUGGACAUUUCACGAGAUGGGAGGAGGUGAAAUGGUGCUCUCACUGGAGAUCGGACUGAACCCCUUUAAAAUGAGAACUCUGAAAGUUCUGCAAAGUCUGAUCUCUGUUCCAACAGAUAUAAAAGCCGAUCAGACAGGAAACCAGACGUGAUGCACUUUGAAAGUUUGAGAACGAGACGUUACGUUGUUUUUGAACUUGCACCUGUCAGGAAAUCUGUUCUCAUUUGCAUGAUUUUAUUCUCAUUAUCUCUCACUUUAAUUUGAUUUCCUGCAGAUGAUUUAGCUGAAAAUGACUCCGACCUCACACUUACACAUUAAACUAAUGAUUCAGCCAGUCAGUCUGGGUUUUAUGUUUAGGGGAAGAAAAGAAAAACAUGUGGGCAGGUGAAAUUUCCAUCUUCCAGCUGGCUGCUUGGCAACGGUACAUUACUCUUCUUACCCAAGAAGCUUCAAGUCAGUAAUAGUUUAGCGAUGUGCUGAACAGCGACUUUUAAUUAAAACCAAAUCAAAUGUUUCCUAUCAGUUUUGGGCGAAGUGACAGGAAGUAAAGCAAAGUUAAUUAAAACUUAUUUUCCAAAACUU